AUGCCUACAUAUAGAGUUGUUUAUGGGAAGCCUUGUCAUCUUCUGGUUGAACUAGAACAUAAGGCUUUAUGGGCAGUCAAGAAGCUUAACCUUGAUCUUGACAAGGCUGGUGAGAACCGUUUGCUCCAAUUAAAUGAAUUAGAGGAAUUGAGAAAUGAUGCAUAUGACAAUGCUAAAAUCUAUAACGCAAGGACAAAAACUUUUCAUGAUAAACACAUUGUAAAGAAGUUCUUUGAGCCCGGGCAAAAGGCAUGGCCCUUCAACUUUAGACUCAAAUUCUUUCGCAAUAAGUUAUGCAUUAAAUGGGAAGGCCCUUAUAAGAUUAUUUUCGUUUCUCCUCAUAGAGUGGUUGAAAUAAAGUGCUUAAAAGAUGAAAGAAUCUUAAAGGUGAAUGGUCAAAGAUUGAAGCCCUAUAUUGAAGGACAAGCUAUUCAAAGAGAUGUGGAAGCCGCCCUCUUGGUGGAUUCCAUCUACCUUAAAGAUUGA